GAUCAAUCAGGGAUGGCGUCCGACGAAGCUGUCAGAGCUCCCGCAGAGCCGCCUCAAGAGUUCAUCUGGAACAAAUAUCCAAACGGCCAACGUCCUUCGUGACAGCGACAACGACAAUCGUGUCGGCGACGCGCCAGCAAACCUAAACAUUGACAGUCAUCCUGCUGCAAUAGAGGGACGCGAAUACUGUCGAAGUAUCUUCUGGCGCACCUCCGCGAGCCUACCAUAUCCACGAUUGCGCGACCACCCCCAGAUCCGUUCCUCGACCAACUAAAGACAAAGCUCCAUCUGCAAAUUCACCAAAGACAAGCACAACCACUUCGCAGACUGCGCCCUGAAGACCGAACUCUCCUCAUCAACUCCUUGACUCGAUUACUCAAGCGCUGCCUUAAUUUCGACAGCUUCUGGCACAGCACAUACUGCUUGGAACCCUUCAAGGGUAGCCUCAUCACCUGGCACGCGAACGAGUCCUUCCCAUCUGCUUUCGACUGUACCCAGUUCACCCAAGACAUUCACCAGGAUAAACCAAGAUCAAGGCGUGGGAUUGGGCACAAAUUGAGGAAUGGACGGGAUCCUGCUGCAGAUAGACAAGAGGGAGUCACUCGACCGGCACAAAAGUCUACUGAAUCUGUGACGUACCUACGCUCCACCAUUCGGAAGUCAACAGGGUGAAGCUGAGUUAGAAUUGGCCACCUUCACUUCCUUCAACUCAGUAGUUCAAACACAAGUCGGAUCAGCGCAAAGGAAGAAAGAAGCGCAAAGACAGCCCAUUUUGAAGCCGCGGUCCGAGUACCAUUUUCGCUGGAUACCAUCAUUCCGCCUGCUGGGGAGGUCGGCAGCUUCGAGAAGACCGACUUCCGUGGACAGAAGCUCGCAAGACCCAACAUAUAAUCCGGGCACCUUAGAUCCCGCAAUCUUGAAGCCGUAAAACUCCUCCGUUCGCGCUUUUGGCCCUGUAUACCAAAAGCUGAAGGAGACUCCACCAGAAGCAGGUUCUCAACGCGUUCCACCUCGUCGUUCUACAAUACACAUGAAUGCACAAUGUCCGCCUUCACCGCUCUUAAUAUCAUCCCAGAUGAGAACCCCGAUGAUGAGAUUGAUAACACGAAAGAAUUACAAAUCGAGGAAGCCUUGAAACUUUACCAAGUCGCCCUCAAAUUACAUUCACAAGGCCCAGAGCACUAUUCAGAUGCUGCUCAAGCCUAUACGAACCUCUUCAAAUCCGAUAUAUUUACGUAUCCCGAGAGCGAAACCGAGUUUCUUCGGCUUGAUAAAAAUCCCGAUCUCGAAUUUACAGAAGCUUCGCACGCGCUUGGCCUGGAUAUCGCUGCUGCAGUUGCCGAAGCCAGUCCGAGCACUCUUCCUCAGAUCCUAUACCUGUCCUACAAGAAUCAUGGUCAAUUCAUACUGGAUUGUGUCAAAGGUCGUCUUCGUCACGAACCCCUCACAGAUGGCGCUCUCGAUUACCAAGCAAAGGCUGCCGUCGAUAAUUUUGCCCUCGCCCUUGCCAGUGACGAGUCAGACACAGAACUAUGGCGGCGUGCGGCACGGAUAGGUGCUAUGCUGGGCAGCCGCCGUAUCGCGAGAUAUUGUCUAGAGGCAGCAGUCGAGGUUGACGAUGACCCUACUGUCGCUGAGGUUGACCCCAUGUCUCUGGAAGAAGGUUUCGCGGGCGAACAAUUGAAGCAGCAAUUAGACGUACUUUCAGAUGAGACUGCACUGUCGCAUCCUAUCAUGGGUCCAUACCUCAAGAAGACCAUGCCCAAGUUCCUGUCAAAGAACAUGGACCCCUACCCUUUCCUACCAGAUAACACGAAGUCGUUACAGAUCGCGCGAGCCAAGGCUGACCUGGGAGAGACCGGUCCGGCAUCUGUCGUGAUCAAUCUGGAAUAUCGAGGUUGGCUUGCACUUGGCGAGAAAUUAUGCGAAAUGUCUCGUGAGCCAACGGCGUCACGAAUCCUCCUCAAUCUUCCCUCGCCUAUCUCUGAAACCCAAGAGGAGACAGCUCCUCCGGCUGAUCCACCACCUCAAUCUGAUCCUGCUGUCUCAGAAGAUCAGAUUAUGAAAGACGUUGGCACUACAGAAUCUCCUGCUGCAGAAAGUAGUGAGGCUGCUGCUGCAACGCCCGUCACUUCUAAGUCCGAUGAGCCAGCUGUUGAGAUUGUCACAACCACAACUACGGUUCCUGUCACCGAUGGCAGACGACCAUCAAGCGUGUCGCUUCCUACUCGGAAGCGCUCCCAAUCCGCAGCCGGCAUUCGCGAGACUCCAGAAGACGAGAACGGAGCGCAGAAGCGGAGUAAGCGUAUCAGAAAUCGUGACAACACAGAAGGCGCUCCUGUUGACCCUGCAACUCUUUUCGCCGAACAGCUCAAGCCAUUCAUUUCAGCAGAUGAAAAUGUCUUUGAAUUUGUCUCGGAGCUUCUGAACAAGCUUGGUGUUGAUGAUCUGGGGACUUUAGCCGACCUCCAAUCGGCAGUACAACCAGAUGCACCUACCGAACGCGAACAGAUCGUGGCCAAUACUGCUGUUAGAGAUCUUCGUGAUAUCCUCAGGACUUGGGAUGAUCCAAAAGCGUCCACAUUUGUAAAUGGAAAUGCUGCAGACAUUCUCGGGUCGUCCGCUAGCAGUGCGAAUGCUGGUCUUGCAGCUUUCCUUGAUCAAGCAAAGAUUGGGCCCCAGAGACUUACACAUAUUCCAUGGUUCGCUGAUACUGAUGGAAUUGCUGAAUUUUCUGACAGGGUGAACAAUGAAUGGAUGCCAUUCGAGGACGUCGUCUGGGAGUGGCUGUGCGCAGUGUUACCAACGUACCGUGGAACACUUUGGACAGAGCCAAUGAAGGUCAUGGUAGUUCGAAUCAUUACAUAUAACGAUGCAGAGGUCUUCACCCGUCUGCAGAUGGAAAUAGAACACAGCCCUCGCGAUUCCGACAUUCUUGGGACAUGGCAGGAGAUGGCCGAAACAUUAUUCGAACUUCAUAUCGAUAUAUAUUCAAGGAUCACCAAUCCGACUAGCGCCGUCCCAUUCGAGACUCGCCUCCUGACGAAAGAACGCCUAGAUCGAUGGGCCGACUUUGCAGCUGAUGUCAUUAGGACUCGCAAGGAAGAUCAAGAUGAAUCUCUCUCUUCAAGAUAUCUCUGGGCCUCUGUAUUCUACGCCACCAUGGCAGACAGCGUGUCCCGAGAGCACAAAGUCCUCUGCUGGUCCGACCUCCAAGGGCUGCUCCAAGAGUCGAAACAGCCGCCAAUCGAGCUCCAGAAUAAUGCUGUGAUGCCUGAGAUCUCGGUCGAGGCAGCAGAGCGAGAAGUUUCUAGACUCACCACGAUGGAUUUCUUCUUCAAUCUUUUCCAGACUGACCGAUCUGAUCCAGCUGCCAUCAUCGAAACCCUGGAACCUGUUCUUGAUCCUGAGUCUGCUUGUGAAGCCAUAGAGCCAGAAACAGAGGAUGGUGCCGCAGCAGAAGCCACCGACGGAACUCCAGCUGCCCUACGAGACAUGUGGAAGUUCCUAAAGAGUGGAAGUACUUCAUUGCGGCUUUUCCUAUGGCAGAGACUCCGAGAAGCAUAUCUCAGCAUUGGGUACAAUACCAAGGUCUUCUCUUGCCACUUGAAGAGUAUUGAGAUUAUUGUUGCCGAUUUGAGAACUGGCGACUACUUGGAUAGCGCUGACGAUCCUCGAAAACACAAGUUACUUCUUUGGCUGAAGGCGCUUGACGACUUAUUGGUGAAAGCUUUGACUAUCGCUCUCAAUGAUGCGGCAACGUGCUUUGAAAUCAUUGAUGAACGCCAUAUCAAGUCGACCUGUGCUGCACUGGCUCAACUAGCAAGAGUCUUGCACACGGCCGCAAUCUUCGAUGAUGAGAUCAGAGUUGGCAUGACUCAACUUCCACAGAAUGCAGCUUAUGCACCUCACGGAUCCUUCAAUAGCUUUAUCAACAAGCUCCGCGAAAUGCAGGUCAGAACUUGGGCUCUGCAAUACACCAUGGUUAAGGAAGCCAUGAGUCAAAAUCGUGAUAUCUUCCUGACGCCAGACAAUGACCUUGCUGAUUAUCUGGCACUCGUCCAUUUCUCAUUGGGGCUACGCAAGUGCUGCAAGGCCUCCAAUAAGAUUUUCCUCAAGAUGAUGAAAGUAGAGAUGAUUCGCCUGAAGCAUAUUGAGAAGUGGGAAGACUACCUUGGCCAGGUCUUGUAUGACCUCUACGGAAUUCGACUUGGUGUUGGGACUUACCUUCUGGACGAGCAUGGUUGUCCAACAGAGCAACUGGACAGACGUACUGUCUUGAACAUUGCUGAUCAGAUCAUUAUUCUGGCGAACAGAAUGCCAAUGAAGGAUCUCCUGAAGCAUGAGUUGAGAGGUACCCUUGAGAGGAUGCAGACCGCUGUUGGUCCAACGAAAUCUUCUCCUCAAAUGCAACACAAUCUCCGAAACUACACCGAGUACCUCAAGACGUCAAUUCGUCCUUCCGACCUGUACAGAGCGUGGAAAGGUCAGGUCCAGGUGGAUUCGCUACCUGUUGUCACACCAGAGAGCCCACUUGCGGACAAGAACUGGUAUUUCUUAAUGGGGAUGAUUAAUUUGACAAAGUUCCGGGCACAGAAGAGACUUGGUCCUGGGUCUCAGACUGACGAUCUUCGAGUUGCCGCUACAUUCCUGAGACUGCAGCUCCAAUCCAGUGGUGACUUCUGGGAGACGUGGUAUCGACUUGCUCAAUGUUUCGACCAUGAGCUAGAAGAAGAGAUUCUAUGGAGUGCAGACAAGAUCAAUAAUCACCGCCCAGAUCUUGUACGACUUCAACGGAGCUCCAUUCACUGUUACGUCAUGGCAUUGUCUACCGCAUAUCGUACUGCUGAUGACAGCUUUGAGACUGCGGAAAAACUUUCCGAGAUGUACUUUAAUUUCGGCAUGCGGAUCUACUCCGCUUCCAGAGAGCCAUUUGGCAUGGAGGUAUUCUACUUGGACGAAUUCGAGAAGCAUAUGAGCGGAUCUGAUGGGAUGUACAAGAAACCUUUGCAUGAGGAGUUAUCUCGUUACCGUGCGUGGAAUUACGCGUUGGCUCUUUUCAAGGAGUCGCUCCGUGAACGGCCAAGUAACUGGAUGGCUCAUUACAUGGUAGGCAAGUGCCUCUGGAAAGAGUAUUGUAACGCUGGGGCCGAUUGGGAUGAUCGAAUCAAAGCAAGCCGACCACAAAUGCAGGUUGUUCUGAAUUACUUCAUCAACGCGGUCAAUCACGCUCCGAAAAGCAAUAAUAGCAGUCGAUCGGAGCCUUUGCUCGAACCUCAUUACAAAUUGGUCUCCAUUGUUCACAAGCUUGUACUGAUGCAAGACAUGGAACCCCAAGCUGCAGCGGAUCUUCUCCAGAGUCAACCAAUGGCACCUGACAAGGGUGCCUCCGUCACUAUCGCCAAUGCAGAGGAAUGGAAGACUUACAUCUCGAAGAACUUUCACCAUCUUCGAGUGGCCGACAAGCAGCACUGGAAUCAUCGUAUCGUCGCGAGAAUAGCUAGCAUUUUGUACGACGAAGAAAAUCCAAAUUUCGACCAAGCAAACGCUGCUCGCAAUGAGUUGAAAGACUCUAUCUUCACAAAGACAAUGCAUAUCCAAGUGUGGAAGUCUGAUGCCGAACGCCCUGGUCGCCACUGUGUAUACAUGGAACGUUACGUCAAGUUCAUGGUCAAGCUCCUGGUGAUCACGAAUGACAAAGCGAGCCUGGAGAUGCUGGUCAAGAGAGUUCGAAAAAAGAGCAACGAAUUCCAUCGUUUCGAGAAAGUCUGGGCUGAAUGUUGUCUUGCAUAUCUCCGUCUCAUUCGACGUCAAGCAGAAAUCCCUGCGAGCAUCGACGAUACAUUCAAGACCGAAUCCCACGAGAGCUUCGAGAACCUCUCUUCUCGUCUUGAUGACUGGCUUGAGAACCCACGGAUCAGCCAGCCGAUCAAAGAUGCGUUCAAGGAGGUUAAUGAUCUCAAGAAACUCAACGGCACCGCCAUGAAAUCAACACCAAUCGACGACCUCAUCUCUGAUAUUUGGGCUACUCUACACAUCCAAGUCGCCAAAGAUCUCCCUGAUCCAGAUCGUGGGUCAUUAGCAAACCACCAAAUGGAUGGCACUGGCGAGUCAUCUGGUUCUAUGCCAACAAUGCGCAGCUUAGGACCAAUGAGUCUCAACAACCUCGUCAUGGACAUGAAUGGCACCCAGAUUCCAGUCCCCGUCACAUUCGCUGGAUCCGAACCAGCACGUGCUCGUAAAUCCGGAAUCAGUCGUCGCGAAGUCCUCAAACGUGCAGAGCAAGCCUACAGCCGCAUGCCAGAUCUUCCUCGUCCCGCACCCCCACCAGCACGACCUCGUCUCUCAGAACCAUCACCAUCUCUCGUCCUCGGCUCGAAUGAUGGACAGUCCAAACAGCGUCGGAGCGCUAGUGCCGCAGGGUCCACGCCUCGCGUGCAAACUCCGACUCAACAAAACGAGGAUGCUGCUGGCAACCAGGAACAAGGCCAAGAUAAUGAACAGGAGAACGACCAAGAAGACGACCACGACGAAGGCGACGAUCAAGACCAAGACCAAGAUCACUCCAACUCCCACACCCAAUCCCAACAAGACGACGACAACGACUCCCACCACGACCCCAACGCACAACUCUCCCACGAACAAGCCGCACAGCAACAACUCGAAUCCGAACACAACCACCAAACUGAAUCCCAAGCCCAAUCCCGAAAUCAGGCGGAUGCACAAGUUGAAGUCGAGAGCGUCAGAGGUAGUGUCCAUGAUAGUGCGGACGAUGAGAGCGAUCUCUCUGAUCCACCGAGUUUCGACGAUUUCGAUCCAGAGGAACUCUUUCCGGAGGGGUUUCCGGGGGGUUUUGGUGGUGAUGGUGACAGGGAUGGGGGUGGCGAUACGGGGGAGAACGAUGAGGAGGAAGGGGGGGAGGGGGAGGAGGGGGAUGAAGAGGAGGAGGAGGAGGAGGAGGAAGAGGAGGUUGGGGAGAGUGGUGCGGAGGAGGAUGAUGGUGCGGAGGAAUGAGUGAUUGAGUGAGUUGAUGUUAUGAGAUGAGCUUCAGUUUUGGUUUCCCUCCACAUAAUAACUUGUGGCCUACGCAUCGCGUGCAGGGACGAGGAUUGGCAAAUCAAUGGGUUUGAAUUCUUGUCGAUCCCUUAUGUUCGAGAUUAUAUGUUAUGGAUGGUGUAUGUACGAUCAGGGCGUUCGCAGCUGUUUUUCCCUGUCCACAGAUUUCUUCGCCCUGACAGAUAUAACGUCUCACCCUACCAUUCCGCCUACCCCCCUAUUCCGGCCACCUCGCUUAACUCACCGCUAGUUCUUCCUACCUACUUUAAUAAUUAUUAAUUCUAUUAUUCCUUAAUAGAUUUCUUUGAUAUUUAGAAUAUAAAUUGAUCUUAUUAUAAAGCCUUAAUAUACUAAGUAUAAUAUUAUAUAUAUAGUUAGG